AUGGACGACGGCGCGCGCGUGUGGGUCGCGGACCCAGCGAAGAGCCCCGAGCGCGUGUGGCUCGCCGCCCGCGUCCUCGAAGCGCGGCCGACCGCCGUGCGCGUUGCCAUCGACAGCAACGACAUUGACAGCAACAACAACGGCAGCAGCAACAACAACAACAACAACAACGACCAACGAGACGUGCGCUUGGCGUUUGACGCCUCGGGCGCGUGUGUAAACGUGCUGCCCCGCAACCGCGCGGGCGAACAGGACCAGCGCGACCUCGUGGCGCUGCCGCACCUGCACGAGGCAUCGAUUCUCCACGCGCUGCGGCUGCGCUACGCGCGCCACGCGAUCUACACGCACAUUGGCGACAUUCUGAUCUCGAUCAACCCGUUCGAGCGCCUGCCGCAGCUCUACGGCGACGACGUGUUGCAGCGGUACGCGUACAAUGACCGGGACAGCCGCUUGAGCGACGUGAGUGCCACGGACGCGAGCGAGCCGCACCUCUUUGCGGUGGCACGAGCCGCGUACGUGGACAUUGUGCAGCACGGACGCAGUCAGGCGAUCCUCAUUAGCGGCGAGAGUGGCGCAGGGAAGACCGAGGCCACGAAGAUCAUUAUGACGUACUUUGCCAUCACGUGCGGCGCGCGGAAGAGCCAGAGCACAAUCACGACCAGUCACGAGGCGGCGGUAGUUGCUGAGGCGUCGGGUCUUGUGUCUCUGCCGCCCCGUCCGACGAUUGAGGAGCAGAUUCUGCAGUCGAAUCCGAUUCUGGAAGCGUUUGGGAACGCGCGCACCGUGCGGAACGACAACAGCUCGCGGUUUGGCAAGUUCAUUGAGCUGCGCUUCCGGGACGAGCGACGGCGACUCGCGGGCGCUCGCAUCCGAACGUAUCUCUUGGAGAAGAUCCGCGUGAUCAAACAGGCAACGAACGAGCGCAAUUUCCACAUUUUCUACGAGCUCUUGAGCGCCGAUCGCUCGUGCGUGAGCGAAGAGCAGCGGCAGGCGUUGGCGAUCACGGGCGGACCGCAGAACUUUCGUCUCUUGAAUCAAAGCCGAUGCUCGAAGCGACGCGACGGUGUCAAGGACGCCGUGCAGUUCCGUGCGACGCAGCGAGCCAUGCGGCAACUGGGGAUGAGCGAGUGCGAGGUCCAUGGCGUGCUGGAGAUCGUCGCGGCAGUGCUGCAUAUGGGCAAUGUGGAUUUUGAACAGGUGCCGCAUCGGCGCGAAGAUAAUGUGUUUGCGGACGAGGCGCGCAUUUUGACGUCGACGGUCGGCGAGUGCAACCACUUUACAAAGGCGGCGGAGCUCUUGGGCGUCUCGACGGAAGCGUUAGAUCAUGCACUGACGAAGCGCCAGCUGCACGUGUCCAACGAGACGUUAGUCGUGGGAGUUGACGUCGCGUACGCCCGCAACACGCGGAACGCAGUGACGAUGGAGUGCUACCGUCUUUUGUUCGAAUGGCUUGUCGCACGCGUCAAUAACAAACUGCAGCAACAGCCCUGGGGUGCCAGCCAGGACGACGACGAAGAUGACGCGAAGUCGGUCGAUUUCAUUGGACUGCUCGAUAUCUUUGGAUUUGAAGACAUGGCCGAGAACUCGUUUGAACAACUCUGCAUCAAUUACGCGAAUGAGGCGUUGCAACAUCAGUUCAAUCAGUACGUUUUCGAAGAAGAGCAGCGGCUGUACCGAGACGAGGGCAUCUGCUGGAGCUUUGUCGAUUUCCCGAACAACCGCGCGUGUCUCGAGCUCUACGAACGUCGACCGAUUGGCAUUUUUUCACUCACGGACCAGGAGUGUGUCUUUCCUCAAGGCACCGACCGCGCCCUCGUUGCCAAAUACUACCAGGAGUUUGAGAAGAAGACACAGCACCCGCAUUUUCGACCGGCCCCUCUCAUCCAGCGCUCCACUCAGUUCGUCGUGGCACAUUAUGCAGGCUGCGUCACUUAUACCAUCGAUGGGUUUCUUGCGAAAAACAAAGACUCCUUGGGCGAGAGCGCGGCGCAGCUGUUGGCGGGAUCGUCUAACCCGCUUAUUCAAGCCCUUGCCGCAGGAUCGGUGGAUGAAAACGGUGCCCGCGUGGACGCAGAGGUCGAAGGUGCUGGCGGCCGGGCCCGUCGACGUGCCAAGUCGGCCAUCGCAGCAGUCAGCGUGGGCACUCAGUUCAAGAUCCAGCUGAACGAGCUAUUGGCUACUGUCCGCGCUACGACACCUCGGUAUGUGCGCUGCAUCAAGCCCAAUGACUCGCACGUGGGCUCUCUUUUCCAAAGCACCCGAGUGGUCGAGCAGCUACGCAGUGGUGGUGUCCUUGAAGCAGUGAGAGUUGCCCGCGCAGGCUUCCCCGUGCGUCUAUCGCAUGAGCAAUUCCUCGGUCGUUACCGUCGCGUACUACUCUCGCUCUGCGAAUCCGGCGAUAGUGUUGCCGGAACAAAACGCUGUAGCCGGAGCGGAAUGGACUUGUGCCUGCAUCAGCUCAUCCAAGUUCUUGCUGACGGAACGAUGGAAGACGAAGACGGUGGUGAUGAGAAGAAACGACAGGCUCGACUCGGCGUCAGUCUUGGCAAGACGCGGGUCUUUUUCCGUCGCAAGCCAUACGAGAAGCUGGAAAACCUCCGCGUGUCUGUACGUCAAGAGGCAAGCCUUGUCAUACAAAAGCACGUGAGAGGAUUCGUGGCGCGCCGUAGCUACCGACACCUUCGCCAAGUCACAAUCGAAAUCCAAGCCCGCGUGCGAGGACAACGCGCCUGCCGAUACGUUUGCUGGCUACGCGAAAUGCAACGAGCUCGUGUAUUGCAAGCAAGAAUGCGUCAGCUGUGCGCGCGUAGCAGGUUUCUUCGUGCUCGGGCAGGUGUACUGGCGGUGCAGUGCCGCUUUCGAUGCCGCCGCGCCACACGAGUUGUGGAGGCGCUUCGUCAAGCGCGUGCUGUGACUCUCAUCUCGACAGCUUGGCGGCGGUCUUCAGCUCAGCGGAAGUACCGGAAGCUCUGCAGUGCUGUUUUGGCGCUCCAGUGCGCGACGCGUUGUCGUACUGCUAAGCGGGCGCUGAAGGCACUGCGCGAGGAGAGCCGAAACGUGGCCAAGCUGAAACAGGAUAAUGCGCAGCUCAAGGACGAGCUGGCUGAACUACGUCGGCAGGUGCAAGUCAUGGUGGCUCAAAGUGCGGCCAUAGAAUGCCAGCAGCCGUCGCUUUUCUCGUCGAAAGUUGACAUCGUCUCCGCUUGCGAUAUUCCUCAAAAGGCGGUCAUGCUCUCUUUAGACGAUGGAUCCCCAGAAGACGACAGCGAUCAGCGCGGCUGCCGAAACGUUUUGGAACCUGAAGUUGCGACCGAUCUUCCAUCAAUGGAAAACGGCGGCAACCCCAAUGUCGCGAGCGGCCGUGAUGUCGGUUGCACCGUGGAUUCGCUCGACAGCGGGCGGACGUCUAAGCCUCAGACACCGAAGUUGCGCCGUGUCCGCCGUUCCAGUUUGCCGCCCAUACUCGCAUCGGCAGACGAAGAUGCGGAAGUAGAAGACAUCACUCCGCCUAUGUCACCUUGCGCUCCUCGAUCGCGUGAUCGACGCCACAGCUUGGAUUUGUGGCGGCUUCAAGAGUUGAAGGUCCAAAAUGAGGCUUGUCAAUUGCGUGAAGAGAUUCGUGAAGUAGCUGCUGUUCAACCCUCGCCAGAACGUCAGCAUCAGCAAGAAAUCGCGCUCCAGAAGCUCGUCGCCGCGCAGAUCAAGCGCGAGACGAUGCGGUUGCAGCUACAGGCGCCUGAGCUGGCACUGAAGGUGGAAAGUAUUUGCACCGAGACUUCCGUCUCGUACAAUUACAGCCAGCAAAGGCGUUCUUGCACCGUCGAUAAUCCUCUCGGCAUUGCAACACCAUUGACGUCAUACGGUCAGCGGGGCUCUUCGCGCUGGAACAUUGCAACACCCCGCAGUACGGCGCACGCUACAAGCGGUUGCAUGCCGGCUUACUUUGGUAGCCCGAGCUACGCUGGAUCGUCGUACGCUGACGACCGCUCCGUGGAUGGCGAAGAUGACGUAUAUGGACGAGACCGGCAUUACCCAACGCUCCGACGCGCAGCAUCCGCUGGCAUGUAUCGUUCGCGGUCAUCCUCCAAUGCUUCGACGUGCUACACGUCAUCGCUGGCCGUUUCGUCUGGAGUUGCCGUCCCUCGCUUUGCCAAGGCCCCGACUUGCUACGAGUGCGACUGCACGUUCAACCUACUCGCGCGACGCCACCACUGCCGCCAGUGUGGCCACUCGUUUUGUUACGAACACUCGACCCGCCAGCUAGCGCUUCCUCACUUGGGCUACACGGCGGCUCAGCGCGUGUGCGACACCUGCUUUGAAGCGCACAUCCAGACCAUGACAUCGUACAAGUUGCCGUCUCUGGUACGCCGUCCAACAGACGCGUUGUCGACUUCGUCGUUUGCGAGCUCGCCGCGCAACCUCGGCAGCGGCGACAGCUGCUGCAGUCUGGAGAGUCCGGUCGAAGACGCAGCGCGAGUUGCUCCGCUGCAAACCCGACGGUCGCCGUUUGUAGCGGUUGCUACUUAG